AGAUGGAGCUCUCUGCAGUGGGCGAGCGGGUCUUUGCGGCCGAAUCCAUCAUCAAGCGGCGGAUCCGAAAGGGACGCAUCGAAUACCUGGUGAAAUGGAAAGGCUGGGCCAUCAAGUACAGCACUUGGGAACCCGAGGAAAACAUCCUAGAUUCUCGCUUGAUUGCAGCCUUCGAGCAAAAGGAACGUGAGCGUGAGCUUUAUGGACCUAAGAAGAGAGGACCUAAGCCUAAAACUUUUCUGCUAAAGGCUCGAGCCCAAGCAGAUACCGUACACAUUGGGGAUGUACAUUUUUCUGUCAAGCCCAGUUCUAGCACAUCCUCACCGAAACUGCACUCCAGUGCUGCAGUGCACAGGCUCAAGAAGGACAUCCGAAGAUGCCACCGUAUGUCCCGGCGCCCAUUGCCCCGCCCGGAUCCACAGAACAGUGGAGUGGGUGGGAGCACUGGCAUCCGCCCCCCUGUCUCUCCUUUCUCAGAGACUGUACGCAUCAUCAAUCGCAAAGUGAAACCUCGUGAGCCCAAGCGUAGUCGUAUCAUUCUCAAUCUGAAAGUCAUUGAUAAAAGUGGCAAAGGAGCAAGUGGGGGAGGAAACUUGGCACGCUCUAAGAUCCCGUCCCGAAAUCGUGUAAUUGGUAAGAGCAAGAAGUUUAGUGAGAGCAUGCUUCGUAAUCAGAUCCGCCACAUGAAAUUUGGAAGCUUCCCUCUGUAUAGCAAGCCAUCUAUUCCAUCCCCAUCAUUAGAGGGGAAGACAGAGGCAGGAGGUUCUCAAGGUGCUUCUUGUGGACUCAUGGGCUGUUCUGCCUAUGAUGCCCGCAGUUCCAGCUCCUCUGACUGCCCCUCACCAGCGCCACACUCCUCAUCUGAUCCAGAUGAUUCCCCACCAAAGCUGCUCCCUGAGAUUCUAAAUCCUGCCAUUCCUGACUGGCGUGAAUCUGAGGUCCUCGAUCUGUCAAUUCCACCUGAGUCAGCAGUGUCCAGUAAGCAGUCACCUUCCAGAGGGAAUGGAGUAGGUCAGAUCCCGUCCUCUCCAUUGUCUUCUGACCCAGAACAGGAGGCUGGUGAUUGGCGACCCGAAAUGUCUCCAUGCUCUAAUGUGGUGGUUACUGAUGUCACCAGCAAUCUAUUAACGGUCACAAUCAAGGAAUUCUGCAAUGCUGAAGAUUUUGAAAAAGUGGCAGCGGCCGGAGGUGGUGGAGGAGGAGGCGGCAAAUAA